AUGAUUGAUGUCUCUCGGCAGAGGAGGUCGCUCCUGAAGGAUGCGGCUGCAUUGGACCAUCUGCCUUCUGAAUUACUUGAAAUUAUCAAGCAUCAGUCGUCGACGAAGCUCUUUGAUGCUGUAUCAGAAGCCGCGCUCACACCAUCACUUACAGAGAGAAUCUUUGUGCAUUUUGAGGAUGUGUUUUCAGACAUUUGCGCACGAUGGAUUCUCAACGCCGGCAACGGAUCACGACGCUUAUUAAUCGCAUCAGCUAUUGCCAGGAUUUUGCCAUUUGCGCCGUAUCUCUCGACUUUUCUUCAAUGUCCCGGCAGACCUGGAGAGGAAGCGGCGCAGGGACCUUCGCUUCACCUGGUGUUGCCGACCCUUGAUGGCGUCGCUUUGAAGUUGGAUGCGGAUGCAUUAUUGCAGGCUUUAUUAACAUAUUGGAGACUUUUCAGCUUCGAUCUUAGAACUUUCAGCUCAUUAAUUCCACCCGAGUACCUGCAGAGCUUGUUUGCGCAUGAGAGCAGGGCAGUGAGAUAUCUUGCGAUUCGCAUCUUCUGCCAGCUCUUCCACGCCUCCGACCACAAACUUGAAUCGCUUAUCGAGGCACAUGUCGGCAAUGAGGAUGCCAUUACUGCUGAUUUCGACGGUGCAUCGGUGGAUUAUGGAUUUCUGUCACUGCAUGAGCAAGCACGUGCCAAGAGGAUCCUCGCAUUGCGGCAGCAGGUGAAGCGAUAUGAUCAAGAGUCUGGAGAUGACUGUCAGCCUUUCCUCCAGUCCCUCACCCAGCAUGCGGUAUCCUAUGGUAAAAUUGUUCUCCCCCGACCAUCUGUACCGACUGGAGGCCCAUCAGAUCUCGUCAUGACUGCGACAACCACCAAGAAUCUCGAACGGCUCGCUGCCAUGAUUCGCAAUCCCGAACCUAUCCUUCUUCAUGGCCUGCCAGGUGUCGGAAAGACGGCACUGGUCCACGAAAUGGCCAAGCAACUUGGAAUGUACUCCAGCAUGGUUACGCUGCACUUGAACGAGCAGACAGACGCCAAGAUGCUCAUCGGCCUUUACUCGACAGACUCAAAACCGGGCAGCUUUUCAUGGCGACCAGGUGUACUAACCACAGCCAUCAGGGAAGGCAGAUGGGUAUUGGUGGAGGAUCUCGACCGAGCCCCUACCGAAGUUCUCAGCACUUUCCUUCCACUGAUUGAGCGGAAUGAACUGUUGAUUCCGAGUCGAGGAGAGAGGAUAAAAGCUGCGAAUAGCUUCCGCCUUUUUGCGACUGUGAGGACCUCCAUGGGUAUGAAUGGGCGCGAGAAUCUGCCUAGCAUUGUCGGAAUGCGAUUCUGGCAAUCUCUAUAUGCGGAGCCCAUGAUCCAACCAGAGCUGGAGGAAGUGGUUUUGCAGACACAUCCUAUUCUGCACAAAUUUCUUCCUGGAAUAAUCGCCGUCUAUAGCCGUUUGGCCCAAGUUAACAGCGGAUCUCGCUCAUUCUCUCGCGGACGGCUCAUGGAUCGACAGAUGAACCUCAGGGAUUUGCUAAAGUGGUGUCGGCGACUGCAGGAGUGCCUGCUUGCAGCAGGUUCAACGACUGGAGACGAACCAAUAACUGAGACUACGCGAGACUGGAUGUUCAUGGAAGCUGUCGACUGUUUUGUGGGCAGCUGUCCAGAUGAUGAGCUUGGCAGACAACUUAUAUAUGCCAUUGCGGAAGAGAUGCAUUUGUCCAAAGAACGGGCAGACCAUUAUUUGACUGCCAAUAUACCCCCUUUGGAAGAGAAUGAUGUUCAAUUCAGCAUUGGGCGAGUUCAGUUGCGGAAAAAGAAGACUGUGAGCCGGCUGCAAAAGUCAAAACGGCCAUUUGCAAGCACUUCUCAUGCCAAGAAGCUCUUGGAACAGAUUGCUGUAGCUGUCAAGCUCAACGAGCCAGUACUUCUGGUCGGAGAGACAGGUAUAGGAAAAACAACAGUCGUUCAACAGUUGGCCGAGUCGCUUGGUCAUAAGCUUAUCGCGGUCAAUCUUUCACAGCAAAGCGAGGUGGGCGACCUUCUGGGUGGCUUCAAGCCGGUCAACGUCCGGAGUCUUGCAGUGCCCCUGAAAGAGGAAUUUGAGGACCUCUUUUCAGCAACCGGAAUAUCUGCAUCCAAAAACCAAAAGUAUCUUGAGCAAGUCGGAAAAUGCUUUGCCAAGGGACAGUGGUCACGACUAUCCAAACUGUGGAGGGAGGCGCCUAAAAUGUUUCUCAAAAUUGUGUCUGAGUUGGAGCGGGCUCACUCAGAGAAGGCCGAGGCGAGAAACGGAGAUGAUUCCCAACCCACAAAGAAGCGGAAGACCCAGUCCAAGCUGCAGACGCUACUGGAACUCAAGCCUAGAUGGGAUCAAUUUGCCCGCACUCUCGAGCAAUUUGAUAUACAAAUUUCGGGUGGAUCAAGUAGCUUCGCAUUCUCAUUUGUGGAGGGUAACUUGGUAAAGGCCGUCAGAAAUGGCGACUGGGUUCUUUUGGAUGAAAUUAACCUGGCCUCACCAGACACCCUUGAGAGCAUUACAGAUCUUUUGACCGGACCGAACGAGAGACCCUCCAUUCUUCUCUCUGAAACAGGAGAGAUUGAGAAAAUUGUGGCGCACCCAAAUUUCCGCAUCUUUGGCGCAAUGAAUCCGGCGACCGAUAUUGGAAAGAGAGAUUUGCCUAUUGGUAUUCGAUCAAGGUUCACUGAGCUGUAUGUGAAGAGUCCUGAUAAGGACUUGAAGGAUCUCCUCACCAUUAUCAAGACAUACUUGGGUAAUGGCAGCAACAAGAACGACCAAGCAGGAGAUGAUAUCGCACGCCUGUAUCUCAACACUAAGCGAAUGGCGGAAGAGAAGCGUUUGGUAGACGGAGCGAAUGAGGUUCCUCACUUCAGUCUCCGUACUCUAACUCGAGUGUUGAGCUAUGUCAACACCAUAGCCCCCUUCUACGGUAUACGGCGAGCAAUGUAUGAGGGAUUCUCUAUGGGUUUCUUGACGUUACUCGAUCGAAACUCUGAGAAGAUGCUUCUGCCACUAAUCUACCACCACCUUUUGGACAAACAUGGAAACCCCCAGUCCCUUCUAUCUCAACCUCCCAAACACCCUGGCGACGGUAGACAGUAUGUCAAGUUUCAAAACCAGAGCCGGGAUCGACAAUACUGGCUCUUCCAAGGCGAGCAGGCACCCAUCGAGAGAGAUGAUUACAUCAUUACGCCCUACGUGGAGAGAAAUCUUCUCAAUCUUGUCCGAGCAACUUCUACUAGGCGCUUCCCUAUCCUGAUUCAAGGACCUACGUCGGCCGGUAAAACCAGCAUGAUUGAGUAUUUGGCAAACUUUACGGGAAAUAAAUUCGUCCGAAUAAAUAACCACGAGCAUACCGAUCUUCAAGAAUAUCUGGGCACAUACAUUUCCGGACCAGAUGGGAAGUUGCGCUUUCAGGAGGGUCUCCUUGUACAGGCCAUGCGACAAGGACACUGGAUCGUUCUUGAUGAGUUGAACUUGGCACCGACUGAUGUUCUUGAGGCUCUCAAUCGUCUACUUGAUGAUAACCGUGAGCUGUUAAUUCCCGAGACGCAGGAGGUUGUCAAGCCUCACGAGAAUUUCAUCCUCUUUGCUACACAGAAUCCCCCUGGCCUUUACGGAGGUAGAAAGGUGCUAUCCAGGGCGUUCCGAAAUCGAUUCCUUGAGCUUCAUUUUGAUGACAUUCCCGAAGAUGAACUGGAAUACAUUCUUCAGCAGCGCAGCCGCAAUACCUCGCCUCCCGAUUGUAGGCGAAUCGUCAACGUCUACAAGGAACUAUCACGACUUCGUCAAACAAGCAGACUUUUUGAACAGAAAGACAGUUUCGCCACUCUUCGAGAUCUAUUUCGAUGGGCUCUUAGACGUGCGGAUACUCGUGAAGAGAUUGCCGCACAUGGAUUCAUGCUCCUGGCCGAAAGAGUUCGUAAUGAAGAAGAAAGAACUGCUGUCAAGGAAGUUAUUGAAAAGGUGUUCAAAGUUACCCUUAAUCCCCAGGAUCUCUACUCAGCAGAACUGGCACCAGAGCUGAAGCAUAUUGCUCAUCGCGCUAAUGCGCAAGGCGUUGUCUGGACCCAUGCCAUCAGGCGGUUGUAUGUGCUAGUAUCUCGGGCAUUACAGAAUAACGAGCCGGUUCUCUUGGUUGGUGAAACUGGAUGCGGUAAAACAACAGUUGUCCAGCUGCUCGCUGAGAUUUUAGGCAGACAAUUACAUAUUGUCAAUGCCCAUCAGAAUACAGAGACUGGAGACAUCAUUGGUUCACAACGUCCUAUCCGAAAUAGGGGCGCUAUCAUUGAGGCACUGGACGCUGACGUGACGGAGGUUUUGAGACACUGCAAUGUUGAUGCAUCUGGCUCGGCAGCAGAUAGGUUGGAGAGAUACAAAUCUCUUGACAAAGCAUUCCUCGAUGGCAUCCUAGAGCAGACUAAAGAGAGGAUAGCAUUGAACGAGACCAGGAGCAUGGCUUUAUUUGAGUGGUCCGAUGGUGCUCUUGUCGAGGCUAUGCGAGGUGGACACUUCUUUCUCCUCGACGAAAUCUCAUUGGCCGAUGAUUCAGUCCUGGAACGACUCAACUCCGUCCUUGAGCCUCAACGAACACUUCUACUGGCAGAAAAGGGAGUGGAUAAUUCCUUUGUCGUUGGCGCAGAGGGUUACCAGUUCUUCGCCACCAUGAAUCCUGGAGGUGACUUUGGUAAGAAGGAGCUUUCCCCUGCUCUGCGAAAUCGAUUCACCGAGAUCUGGGUUCCUCCGCUGUCAGAGAGCGAUGAUAUAUACGACAUUACUCGAACAAAGCUGACCGAGGCCGCCAAGAGCUAUGCUGAAGCUGUGGUCCAGUUUGCGGCCUGGUUUGGCACUACGUUCCGGCCGAUGGCUACUGCUCCAUUCUCUGUGCGAGAGGUUCUCGCCUGGGUUCAAUUCAUCAAUGCAUCAGCAGAUCAAGAUGUCGUACUAUCGAUAGUUCAUGGAGCUGCUGCUAUCUUUAUUGAUAGCUUGGGUGCCAAUCCAUCCGCUAUUUUGGCAACAGAUCUUAACGCGAUCCACCGUCAGCGAGUAGACUGUUUGAACAAGCUGGGGCAACUUCUUGGUCAAGACGUUUCGGCUACUUAUCAGACUCAGCCUGAACUUGACAUCACUGAAUCUCAUUUAACUAUUGGAGGAUUCAGCGCAGAUCGAACGGUGGACGCCUCAACUCCUUCAAGCUUUGCGUUCCACGCGCCAACUACGCGCCUAAACGCUAUGAGAGUGAUACGAGCGAUGCGAACCCAAAAGCCUAUCCUGUUGGAAGGUAGCCCUGGUGUUGGAAAGACGUCUUUGGUGGUUGCCUUGGCGCAAGCCUGUGGCCGACCACUGACUAGAAUCAACCUGUCUGAUCAAACUGAUCUAAUGGAUCUCUUUGGAACAGAUGUUCCCGUUGAAGGAGAAGAAGCGGGCAACUUUGCAUGGCGAGAUGCGCCCUUCCUCCAAGCAAUGCAAAAGGGUGAAUGGGUUCUUCUCGAUGAGAUGAAUCUUGCUUCUCAGUCCGUCUUGGAGGGUUUGAAUGCCUGCUUGGAUCAUCGUGGUGAAGUAUACAUCUCUGAACUCGAUCAGGUGUUCAAGCGCCAUCCAAACUUCCGUCUCUUUGCAGCCCAGAAUCCCCACCACCAGGGUGGCGGCCGUAAGGGACUUCCCGCUUCAUUCGUCAACCGAUUCGUCGUUGUAUAUGCCGAUGUCUUCAAGGAUGACGAUCUCAAGUUGAUAGCCAGCCACAGCUUCCCGCAGUUGUCUGCUGAGGUCGUCGGUUUGCUGAUUCAAUUCGUAUCACAGAUUGAGCACCAUCUUCUGGUCGAAAAGACCUUUGGCGCGCAAGGUAGUCCGUGGGAGUUCAACCUCCGAGAUGUUCUCAGGUGGCUCAACCUGCUGAGCUCGUCUGACCCACUCCUGAAGACUCGCCAUGUUGAAGACUUCCUUGACAUCGUAAUUAGACAGCGUUUCCGCACCGAAGCCGACCGUUCUGAAGUAGACAAGAUAUUCCAGCGCGUCAUUAGCUGGCAGCCCCGCUCUCGCCACUUCUAUCAUGAUCUCGGGUCUCGAUUUGGCCAAGUUGGUCUUGCUCUACUAGACAGGAACUUGAACUCCCAGCCAGAGAGACUUCCUAGUAUUGACAUCGUUCCAAGGCUCCCAGAGCUCGAGUCCAUUAUGCUCUGUGUAAAGCAGAAUAUCCCUUGUAUUCUUAGCAGCCCUUCAGGAUAUGGUAAAUCUGUGCUGUUGAAAUAUGUUGCAGCACUCGCCGGAAAACCCCUAGUCGUGUUCCCCAUGAAUGCAGACAUUGAUACCAUGGAUUUGGUUGGAGGUUUUGAGCAAGCGGAUCCCCUGAGGGAGAUUAAUGCCACUCUCCGGAACUUGAGAGAUUUCCUUCAGGAUUCAGUCAUGUCAGUCGUUCCCGCACAGGCACCAAGCGAGGUUUUACAGUUGCUUCAUCAGCUCGACAACUACAAUGGUGACAGUGAUAACAUCGCCGCUAUUCGAACUACCAUAGAGGCUUUGCUCCAGCAGAUUGCUGCGGGCUCCGAGGUAUUUGUGUCACUUUCUCGGGCUCUAGAAAUCCUUCACAGCCCUCUGGUACUCUCAAAUCCUCGAUUCGAAUGGCUAGAUGGAGUAAUUGUCAAGGCUUUAGAGACUGGCCAGUGGCUGGUCUUGGACAACGCCAACAUGUGCAACGCCUCCGUUUUGGAUAGAUUGAACUCUUUGCUUGAGCCCAAUGGCUUCCUUAGCAUCAACGAACACUGUGGCCCUGGAGGAGAACCUAGGAUUGUCAAGCCUCAUCCUGAGUUCCGAAUUUUCUUGACCAUGGAUCCUCGCCACGGUGAGCUCUCUCGAGCUAUGAGGAACCGUGCUAUUGAGAUUCACAUCUACACUCCGCCGCCAACCUUGGAUGCGUCCCUUGCUAGGAUGUCACAUGUUGAGAGCUCUCUCCAACGAUACCUCAAAUCCAUAGAAUACUCAGAGUCACUACUAUCUGAGGGCGUUGACCCGGAGGCCAGUCAAGUUUCUCUGGAGAAUCUUUCUAUCCAGGACGUUGCUCUUCUCCCAAGAUUCGUCAGUUCGAUGACAACUGAACGCGACUCAUACGUAAACCUCGUACAAGGGUUUUUGACUCUUCUACAAUCGCCACUUGGAUCCCGAUUGCAGGUAUCCCUCAAAGAGCUGUAUUCAAACUUGGCCAGUGUUACCUCAGAUGCACUGGCAAAUGCCCAGCCACUCCACCCUCUUAACAAUAUCACAGUCAGCAACAUGCUGCCCUCGGUUGACUUAGCUAGGUGGAAUGCUGCUCGUUAUGAUACGUAUCGACAUUUAUACCACAUCCAAAGCAUUCUCGACUCUCAGCAAACACAAGCUCGCUCGUCAAAGUUGAUCUCUUUAAAUCGACUGCAGAGAUCUCUCAUUAGUGAUCGCGUUGCUGCUGUGUCGAAGGACUCUACUGUGAAAUUGGGUGCAUUCGUCUCCUCGAUUUUGAAUGCUAUGAUAGAGUUUUUUGGCCUCGAAAUGCUGUCGCAUGAUACUUGGGAGGUAAGUAAAUAUGGUACUCAAUUCAUUAGAGCUGUUCGAUACUAUAUCGACCGCACGAUUGCUCUUGCUACAAAGAGUGAUUUUGAUGAAGCUGUAUUCCAGGCUCAUUUGGCACAGGGUGCUGCGCUCCUAGGGAAACAGACCCUGGCUGCGAAAUCCGACAAUAAUCGUCAGCUUUCAACCUACAUCCUAGGAAGAUUGGAGGACGACUUUGAUGGCGGAUUCAAACUGAGUACUGGUCUGAGCAUGGAAUCGCUCUGGAAUCUGAUGAGGCCAAUCCCUAUUCCCGAUAAGUCAGUUCUUGACCGGUCUGUUGAGCUUGAUCGACUGGGAGCUAGAUUUGAUAACCUGCGAUGGAAGACUGGAGCAUCUGUUGUCGAUUUAUCGAAAGCUCAGCAGACUCUUGAGCAGGCCUACAAAAUUAUCAGAGACGGCGUUCUUACAACGGAUGGACUGGUCAAAGAUCUCAUCACUGGAAUAGAGUCUCUGGAAAAGGGUAUUGCUGACGAAGAAGCCGAACUGUUGCCAUUUUUGGCGAAUGAAUUCGAAUCACUGAGGCAAUUUGACAUUCUUCGAUCUGUUUCGCCUAAUGUCACUUUGGACAGCGGAUUCCGGGAUCUCUCUAUUUUGUCAAACGUUCCAACCAAGGCAGGACUAUCGCUUGUGAGUGCCACCGAAGAAGCGGCACUUCUGCAGUCAAUGGAUUGUUUGGUACACCAGGAUCAAUUCCCAUGGGAUGGAACGUUUACGCCCAUCCUUUGGUCAAAACUGCAGACUAUGGGUGGAGUUAGCCUUGGAUCUCUGGCACUACUUGAUGUGGAAUUGCCGGCUAUGGGACGACACGUCGCUUCGCUGUCUGCUGAAGUAGCUGCCGAUCCGCUACCAAAGUUGAACGAUAUUCUCCAGCAGCUUAUCUUUGAAGUCUUUGGUGCGCAUUCAGCAAACCUCAAGACAGCUGCUAUUCACGCCUAUCUCAAUGCAGAGGAACAAGACAAGGCUGAAGGCGAUAAGUCAGUUCGCCUCUUUGAUGCCUUCUUGCGCACUAUUGAGCCUCCCCAUCUCCAGCAGGUAGCCGAACAGCAUCUGAUUCCAGCCAUGGUUUCUCUGCUGGCGAAGAAGAAUGAUGAUCGGCACACAUAUUUGUCUGCACUGGCAUGGACUCAUUUCAGCGUUGGCGUUCUUAAGCUCUACGUUCCCGAUCGUGUCUUUGAUCCUCAGCUACGUCCAAAGAUGGAGAGAGAGUUCUUUGAGGAGCUUCAGAAUGGUAUUUCGGACAAGAUAUCAUCGCUUAUUGCCUUUGAAAGCAAAUUUACUGGACAAAGGACAAAUGAGCGCAUUGAAAUGCUCAGCCAGGAGCUUUCCAACAUGGGCCCGUUACCUGAUGAAGUCCAGCCAGUGUUCCGACCAGAGCAGUCAGAACUUACCCGGCUGCAUGCUGAAUUUUCCAAUAUCCUAAAGGCUAUCACAAGCCCAGCUCUUCGAGCAGCACUCGAGUCGUCUGACAAUGCCAACUCUCUUGUUGACAGAGAAGGACUAGUGCUGGUUAAAGAAAAUGUUAAGAGGCUCCAGGAUCGACUUACAGCUCGAUUUGAAGCAUACCAGGAUAUGACUAGGCCUGCUGCGAACCUUUUACAAUGCUUGCGUGUCGGCCUAUCACUCUUUGAUGCAGCUGCAGCUUCAUCGUUAACAUCAUCUACGACACAGCUUCUGGAAAUGACGCCGUUCUUCGGAGGGUCAACCUGGGAUGUCACAAUGCAGCCUUCUUUCGAUAAGAAUUUUGAAUUCCUCAGCCUUGUCCGAGUUGCUGUGAAUGUUGAAGGAAGCGAGUGUUUCCGACCAGGCAUCCGAGAAGCUAUUUUUGAAUGUUUCCACGGCUUUUAUGACGACUGGAGCAAGAAGCUCGAAGCAGACCGAAAGGCAGAAGAGACAAAGGGUAGCAUCUACCAAUUCCGUGGUUCCUUGGAGGAUGAGGAAGAAAUCGAUGAACAAGAGUUUAACGAGCUGUUCCCUACAUAUGAUGCCGAUAAAGAAACUGCUAACCCAGUAAACAAGAAGGAUGCUGUUCGCAACAUGUCUCUCAAGGUUGCUGAAGCUCACAGAAAGAUCUUCUUGGACAGAGAAGAUGCACAGAUCUCUAUUCAAAAACUGAGCAGAGAUGUGGGCAGUCGGGUUGCGAAUGAGGCCAAGGGUCAGUCAUAUCUCGACCGUGAGUUGAACAGCAGGAUGCUUGCAAGCACAGCGAUCCUGCUCGACGAAAAGAUCAAUGGGCUGCAAACAGCCGAAAAGGAUAAAUCCUACAGCUUCUAUACCAGCCCCAACCUGCCCGAAGCCCGACAACUUGUGAUUCUCAUUGGCAAGAUCAAGGCUAGGUUCCGCGAGCUGCAGCUUGUUGAUGAGAUUGGUCACAUGCAGCCACUGGCGGACGUCAUUCAGAGCUGCAACAACGUUCUUGAACUCAUCCAUGAAGAUCCGCUAGCUAAGAUCCUGCCAAAGGUGGAGCAUCUACAUGCUCACGUCUACGAAUGGCAAUUUGGCGGGUGGGCGAGCAAGGUGUAUGCCGUUUUAUCGCUCUAUAAUGCGCUCACGGAUACUAUUGUUCGUUGGCGACGGCUGGAACUAUCAACAUGGGCCAAUUUGUUCGAGACGGAGCAAACGAAAUGCCAAGAGGAUGCUUAUUCAUGGUGGUUCAUCGCCUACCAAGUUGUUGUUGCCGUUCCACUCUCAAUGGUUGAUUCUCCAGCUGAACUGCAAGAGUAUACUGUAUCGCUGAUCCAGAGUUUGGAGACGUACUUUUUGACCUCAAUCGUUGGACAAUUCGCAACUCGUUUGGCUCUUUUGCGACAGCUGCAGAGCCAUCUUCAGCUUCUCAUUCAAGACUAUCCUAAUCUUACAGUCAUCUACCAUGCUCUCACAAAUUUCAUCUUCUACUAUGCCCGUUAUGAGAAGGCUGCCGAGACUGCUAUCCAAAAGGGCCGGGCCUCACUCGAUAAGAAAAUGAAAGAUGUCCUUCUCAUGGCUAGCUGGAAAGACACCAAUAUUAAUGCCCUCCGAGAUAGCGCAAAGAGAUCUCACCAAAAGCUCUUCAGAAUCGUUCGAAAGUUCCGCGGGAUUUUGGGCGCAGAGAUGAAAACGGUUAUUGAGGCGGGCAUUCCUGAUGAGACGACGUCUCAACAGGCUGCUGUGGUAGGCCAAGUUGGAGAAAUCGAUGUACCUGAUGCUGCCGUUGAGGCUCUGAAUGGAGCACUCCCUGGUUGGCUAGAGAAACACAAACGUCUCGGCAAUGUAGUAAAGACGGUAUCUGUGAUGCAGAAAAUCGCAGCCAGCUCCGAAGUUACCAGCUCCGUUCCCCAGUCUUUGGAUGCAUAUCUUUCCAGCUUGGAAGAGUCAAUGGCAGAGCUGAAGAAAGAAACUCCGUCAACUCUGACUGAUGAGAAUAAAGAGCAAGUCAAGCACAUGAAGACGAGGAAGCGCAAGUUAUUUGCCGAUACACUACGAGACCUUCGCGGCAUGGGCCUCCGAUACAACCUUGGCCAGGACAAGCUGGCUGAGCAAGAAUCGUUGUCUGUUGUGCUUGCUUCUACUGCGCCAUUAGAAUUUUCUGGUUCCGGCAUUCUGAGUGAAGCAGAAUAUUACUUCCACAAGACUCUAGAUCUUGCUCCAAAGGCUCGAAAUGCUGCACGUGAGCAUUCUGAGGAUUUGACCGGCUCUGAGGUAGCGCGAAGCAUUGGCUUCGUGGAAGGGUUUAUUCAUUUCGCUCUGUCUCAACGAAACAGCCUUGCGAGCAUCAUGUCUGCUUUCAAAUCACUUCAAAAGACCAUAUUCCAGUUCCAAGAUCUGGGCAAAUUCCAAAGCUUGGGCGGAUUAUCUCGAAGCCAGGGAAGCACUGAUAUGGCACGCUUCCUCCCAUGGACCGUCCAGGGACUGAAAUUCGCUAUCCAUCUGCUGGGAGUUCACGGAAAAUUGGGCAAGAUCGAUCACAGUGCGUUGGUUCAAAAACUGCAGACGUGGCUGGAUACAAUUGAGAAUCACGCAAAGAGACUGGGCGAAUUGGCCAAGCUUCCUACAAUGCUGACGUCUGAUGUGCAUACUAAGCUACAUGAAGAUGUGACGAGAGAUUUAGUCGGGCUCCAGUCAGCUGUCAGCGAGGCUAUUCAGAUUAACCCUGGUGUUGGCUUUAUUCUUCAGCAACUUCGUGUCUGGAGCCAUACGACCAGCGAGCCUCUGGAAGCUUCAGGCCAUACGAUGGAUCUUUUGGGUUUUGCAGAAUCAGUUUCCACUCUGUGUGACACUGUUCUAGUGGCUGUUGAGAAUGCAAAGAAAGCUGGAGCGGAGAUUCCCCGAAAAGAGGAUGAGGCGGCCUGGUUGAAGAAACAUAGCGACGCUUACCUCUCCAUGAUCAAUCAGCUUUACAUGAAGAACAUUGAGAAGACAGUUGAACAAUGCAUUCGCGCCUUGCAGAAAAUCGAUCUCAGACAGCCACUGGCAAGCAUGGCCGCAAUGAGCGCAAUUACCGUCGCGUCGCCAAUCUUGAAUCAAUUCGUGGCAUUAUGUGAACAAUCCAUCACAGCGGGUCUGGAUAUUCAUCGCGCUACUGUUAAGAUAGGAUAUGGCAUGACAAAAGCUUUCACACAAAUCGCUUCACAAGGAUUCUGCACGCCGCAAGAGAAGUCGGAUGAGAAAUCAGGUGCCGAAGGCAAGUUGGAAUCUGGCACUGGUCUUGGCGAUGGUGAAGGCGCUGAGGAUAUCAGCAAGGAUAUUCAGGCCGACGAAGACCUCUCUGAACUCGCACAGGAAGCGAAUAAAGAGAAGACGGGCGAGAUGGAGGAUGAAAAGGACGCAGUCGAUAUGGCCGACGAGGAACUGGAAGGAGACAUGAACAGUGUAGAUGGCGCUGAGGAAGAAGACGAAGAGAAAUCUCAGAAAGGAGAUGAGGAUGAGGAAGAAGACGUCAUGGAUGAAGAGGCUGGUGAUGUGGAUGACCUUGAUCCCACUGCCGUUGAUGAAAAGAUGUGGGAUGGUGAUGAUGAAAAGGCAGAGAAGGACCAAGAGGGUGAUAAAGCAAAGGGCCAGAAGCAGGAGGAUGAGCAAAUGGCGACUGAAGGAGAGGCGAAACCAGACGAUGCCGAUCAGGAUCAAGACCAAGAUCAAAAACCUGACGGUAACGAAGCUGAGGAGCCUGAAGAUGAAGAAGUAGGAGCAGAGGAAGAAGACGUGCAGGCGAAGGAAGAAUUAAACCGCCAAGACCAAACAGUGGAAGAGAACGAUGCACUGGAGCUUCCUGAAGACCUAGAUAUGAAUCUCGACGAAAACGACGCAGAGGGCUCAGGUGAUGAGGAUGACUUGGAUCUCAUGUCGGACAUUGAGGAAGACAAAGAGCAAGAAGAGCAGCCUAAAGACGCAGAGGCUGUUGAUGACGAGGAGAUGGAUGAAGCUGCAAAGCAGCAGGUAGAGCCGGAGACUGCGGUAGAGGAUGAGGUGAGCGAGGCGGAAGAGAUUGAAGAGAAUGUCGGUGUCGAUGAGAUUCAAGAAGAGGUAGAGCCUGAGAAGGAGGAAGAGAAGAAGGAGGAAGAACAGGCAGAAGAGAGCCACCCAGAACAACCCCCUAAUAAGCAAGAGGAGACUAAGGCGGACAAUGACAAUGCGGCACCUAGCGAUGUCAAGAGCUCUGGAAUCGACCAAAACGCAGAUUCUAUGGACAUGGAUGACGAAUUCCAAGCCAAGGCAGCUCAGCAAGAUGAAGGUGACAUGGGAGACGGCGCCGCAGAUCAAGAUACGAGUGCUGGCAACAAAGGAGCUACGUCACGGUCAAAGGAGGCGGUGGAUAAGCCUGAAGAUGGCGAUGCUCAGGAAGAGGCUCGCAGCAAUCCAUUCAAGAAACUGGGAGACGCACUGGAGAGAUGGCACCGCCAGCAGCUCGACAUUAAGGAUGCUAAUCCGGAGGAAGACGAGAAGCAGCACGGGCCAGAGGCCGAAGAGCAAGGACAACGCGAAUUCCAGCACCUCAAGGAUGACGAAGCAGCGGAGGAUACUCAGGCUCUGGGCACAGCAGACAACGAAGAGGCGCAGCCCCUGGAUGAGUCUAUGGCAAUUGAUGAGGAGCAGCGAGACCCAGCCAGCCACGUGAUGGACGCAGAUGAAGAUGAAAAAGAGGAUGCAGAGCUUGAUAAGAUGGAUCUCACCGAGCCUGCAGAAGACGAUAAGGACGCGGGCAUGAAUGAUGCCGACGACAAUCGCACUGGCGUGAAGACAAGGCAAGGUGCAUACAACAAAGAGCCUACGCCUGAAGAGGACAAAGAAGAGGACCAGAAGCUCAAGAACGAAGAGGAAGAAGAAGACGUACAGGGCGCAUCAGCCCAACUCUCGACAACUCACCUUUGGGAGGACCAGCGGCCGUUACGUGACUUUUCUCAUUGUCUUGAGCAGUGGACUGAGCUUCAGACCAAAUCACACAGCCUGUCGCUGUCGCUGACAUCCCAGCUGCGACUGAUUCUCACGCCCUCACAGUCUACCAAGCUGUCGGGAUCGUUCCGCACCGGAAAGCGACUCAACAUCAAGCGUAUCAUCCCUUACAUUGCCUCGAGCUACAAGCGAGACAAGAUUUGGAUGCGCCGCAGCAUUCCGACGAAGCGGACGUACCAAAUCAUGCUGUGCGUAGACGACAGCAAGAGCAUGGGCGAGUCGUCGUCUGGCGCACUGGCCAUGGAGUCGCUGGUCAUGGUCUCACGAUCUCUGACGAUGCUCGAGGCCGGCCAGGUGGGCGUUCUAGGCUUUGGUGCCGACGUCUUCACGGCGCAUCAGCUAACGGAUCCUUUUGCCUCGGAUGCGGGCGCCAAAGUUCUGCAGCGAUUCUCGUUUGGCCAAGACAGGACGGACAUUGCGCUGCUGAUCCGGCAGACCAUUGAUACAUUCCGUGCGGCACGACAGCAGUCCAGCGGAGGGUCGGAUCUGUGGCAGCUUGCGUUGAUCCUGUCGGACGGACUGACGCCAUCGUCAGCUCACGAUUCCAUCCGGCGACUGCUGCGAGAAGCCAUGGAGGAGCGCAUCAUGAUUGUCUUCAUCAUCAUGGACGAUACGGGCAAGAAGAAGGGCGACAGCGUGCUGGAGCUCAAGGAGGCCAAGUUUGUCAGCGAAGGGGGCGAGAGCCGGGUAGUGAUUGAGCGGUAUCUGGACACGUUCCCCUUCCAGUACUACCUGAUUGUGCAUAAUCUGGAGGAGCUGCCGAGCGCACUGGCGGGAUUGCUGCGGACGUGGUUUGCAGAAGUUGCAUCGUGA